GCCUAAUAUCAGUAGCUGUAUAAUUGUAUCUUCCAGCGCAGGAGUUUGUUUGGCAUUAACCUUUCGAGUUAGUCAGUAUGAAAGAGUUUCCACCACAAUGGUCAAUGUUAUGAAAGGAAUUUUAAUCGAAUGCGAUCUUGCAAUGAAACAGUUCUUGCUACAUCUUGAUGAAACAUCAGCUCUGGGAAGGAAGUUUAUUAUUCAAGAUUUAGAUGAUACACAUUUGUUCAUUUCUGCAGAUAUUUUGGAAACAUUACAAGCUCGUAUUGAUGAUUUGAUGGAUCAGAUUAGCUUUCCAUUGGUAGAGAAAUAAUUUUUUGAUCGUGCCAAAAUCAAAAAAAUUUUGACAGUAUGGCAGCUAAAGCAAGCGCAGUAGAGAGGCAGUCCGGCCGUAUCAAAGAUAGCAAUCAAAAAAGAAUUCUAGAUGAGGCAUCUCGAAAUCGACGAGCUCGAAAAGCUUUGGAAGCUUUGGAACAGGAUAAUUUCCAUGAUGAUCCUCAUGCUGACUUGGUGAUGAGCAA